UGCUCUGUCUUCCAGUAGCGAUCUACCCUGCGACUGCGAGAGAAGACGUUAACCCACCGACGUUCGUCCCUUAUCUUCGACAUAUGGCCGAAACAGUCCUCUUUCUUUCUUUUAUCGAUGUGCCCACUACUCUUUAAAAAUUCCGCCGAAAAAGAGAAGACGAUUUUCCAAAACAUUCUGGCCGUUAUCUCACGGCUCCCCUGUCUCUGCACAGGUGUAUGAGCGCUACCCAGAAGGCCUAGGGGCCGCUCUUUACCGGGAGCAGUUUGACUUCAACGCUGAGCCACCUUGGGAUCCUAGCUGAUAGCGGGACAGGUCCAUCUCCUGACUUGUCCAUUUUGUUGCAUACCAGUAGGACCCCAUUGGCUCAGUCGUGACCCCUUGACUUGUAUAACAGUUCUUUAUGAUUGUCGGAUUAGCGGAAUACGGUUGAGAUGAAAGGAUUUGCUGACAAACCCAACUACAUCAUUGAACUUCUGGAGGGAGGAGUGACCCUUGAAGAUGUUAUUGACGGACACAUCUGGGAGCAGGCAUUGGUGGAGAAAAGUGCAUUUGUAGUGGGUGACCUUGGUGCACUGAUGCGACAGCAUGCCUGCUGGCAGAGCAUUGUGCCACAGCUGCAGCCCUACUACCCAGUCAAGUCCAACAGCAGCCCUGCUGUCUUCCAGGUGCUGGCGUCCUUAGGCUUGGGUUUCGUUUGCACCAACAAGGCUGAAAUGAACCUGGCUCUGGAGCAUGGAGUACUACCAGAAAAUAUCAUUCUGUCAGGAGUUUGCAAGCAGGUGGCCCACAUCAAACAUGCUGCCAAGAACAACAUCCUGUAUCUUGUGUGUGAAAAUGAGGCAGAGUUAUCCAAGAUUUCCCGUCUGCACCCUGGUGCAAAGUUGCUGCUGCAGUUGACCACUGAGGCCCAUGCAGCUGAGACCAGCAUGGCCUUUGGCUCCUCUCUGAAGAGCUGUCGCCAUCUGCUGGAGGCAGCCAAGGAGCAGGGAGUCCAGGUGGUGGGGGUGACCUUUCACAUUCCCAGCUCCUGUCAGGAUUUACAACAGGCUUACACCCAUGCGCUGUCAAAUGCUCGCUGUGUGUUUGACAUGGGGCUGGACCUUGGCUUUAACUUGAACAUCUUGGACAUUGGUGGUGGAUUUACUGGCUCGGAGUUUCAGCUCAAACAGGUGGAGUCUGCAGUCAGGCCCCUGCUGGAUGCAUACUUUCCUCCACUGUCAGGUGUGCAAGUGUUGGCUCAGCCUGGCAACUUCUAUGUGGCUUCAGCAUUCAGCCUAGCUGUCAGUGUGAUUGGCAAAAAGGUGGUGACGCAUCACUGGGACAGUCUAGCUCAAGGUGAGAACAAUGAGGAUACAGAGUUCCUGUACUACAUGAAUGAGGGUGUUUAUGGUCCAUUCAGCCGCAAGCUUCUGGGAAACUCCAUCGCUGCCCCAUCACUGCACAAGCAUGUGCUGUGUUCUGAAGAGACGGUGUAUCCCAGCAGCCUUUGGGGCCCGUCACUGGACGACUUGGACCAGGUGGUGGAGCGCUGCCUUUUGCCUGAGCUGAGUGUGGGAGACUGGCUUCUCUUCUCCAAUAUGGGAGCAUGUAACCUGGAGGAGUGCACCUUCCUCUCUGGCUCUCCACAGUUGCCGGUUUACUACACUGUGUCCACCUCUGACUGGUACGAAAUGCAGGAGGCCGGUGUGGCACUGGACAGUGCCAUGAAGAAUUUCUCCAUGGUCCAGUACAGUGCGUAAACUGCCCUCUUCCCCUGUUCCAUAAGAUAUUGCACAGAUCCUUCUUAGCCUGUCCUUCGACCAUGCGAGCAGAAGGGUCCGCGUCGUAUUUAUGACCAGGGGCUACAUUCCAGCCACCAUGGAAAAUUAUGUGUCCCAUUAUUUCUUCAAGGAAUUAGAUUUUUUACUUCUACAAAUGGUUGUUCAGUAACUCCAUUUUAAAAAUGUUAUCUGGAAGAAAAUCUUUUUCACUCCUCCCUCUGGUUUCAAAACCUGUCGGCUCAAAGAACUCUAGCCCAUGCCCAAAUGACAUUAUGCAACAAAAUGGACGACUCUAUGGAGAUGGGACCCCGCCUCAACGUAUUGGGGUGGUUUUGUUUCCUACAUAAAAUAAUCCCGUUUACAAAUUGUACAAUUGAUUUAAAUCCUGUUCUUUAAGUACCUUUUGACAGUCGUGUAAAUCCUGUAUCUGUUCAACACAUACUUUUUUUGUUUUUGUCUGUAGAUGAUUUUUGAAGAGAGAAUCAAUGCCUUGUGUGGAUUCUGUGUUCCAGACCCCUCACUUUGCAGAGUUUAAAUUAAAUUAUGACAAUUAUGUAACCUUUUUUUUAUUGCAGUUCACCUCAAUGCAUUUUUAUUUAUUGGAUUCAGAUAUUACUGGGGAUAUUUAAAGCCCCAUAUUUGUGUGUUUAGCCCAGGUAUUAUGCUGUGGCCCAUCUAACAGUGUUUUCCUGAUAAAAUAUCAACGUUUUUUGUUUUUUUGUUUUUUUUUAGCUACAUGGAUAUAAGUGUGCUGUGAUUGCCAUUUGUGACCUCAGUGGUUUCCCUUUAUUCUAAAGGCUUGAAGGAUUGCAGUGGGAGAUUCUCUUAACACUGAGUUAGAGUUUGAACACAGAGAAGCUGCAUACACCCAAAUGCACUCCUUGCCUCUAAUUGAAACAGAGGUUCAUCUGGUUUUUCAUGCACAAAGUCUUUUGUAGGUUAAAGAAAUACUGUGACAUUUACCAGUGCAGCCCUUUUUAGCUCUUCAUAUCAGUGUCUCUUGCCAAGGGAUUGGUCCUUCACCCAGGAUCUGAAAAACCAGCAAAGGAUAUUUUUUUUCUUAUGUGUGCUCGAACAUAUUAUGACCUGCAGGUUGCAGGUAUAGGCUUUAAAGAUUAUACCUGCAACAUGAAAGACAAUAGUUGUACAAAUGAUUGAACACAUGUUAGACUUUUCCCAAUUUUAUGAGGGACAUAAAUCGCAGUCAUGUGUACAGCUAAAUCUCAUGUCUAAUGAUAUUAAAGGUGACCUGACGUAACUGCAAUUUUUAAAGAAUCCUGCCCUUGUGUUAAAAAUUACUAAUGUAUUAAUGACAUGCUCGUCUAAGGCACUAAUGGACCAUAGCCUGUUUUGACUGUAAAUUGUGCUUGUUAAAGUAAUGAAAGUGAUUAAUUUAAUACAUUUCUGACUGAAAUCA